CCCCAACUGACUGCAAGAAAGAGCAUGUCCGAUUGCCACCAAACCGAGGAAGACCUUUGUCACAGGCUUAAAGAUGAAAGCAGCUCUUUGUACCAUCGCUUUUCUGCUUGCCUUUGAAUUUUCUACCAGCAGCAGUGUCCCAUGUCAGGGAGACAACUGUCAACAGGAUGACAUAGAAUUCAAUGCCCAAAAUGCACCUAAUGCUCCAGUGGGUACCUGUUUGGUUAUGGGUGACCCACAUUACAGCACAUUUGAUGGAAGUUACUACAACUUCAUGGGAAACUGCACCUACGUCAUUGCCAAAAACUGCCACGUAGAUGAUGAGCAUCCAGCAUUUCAGAUUAACACAAAGAAUGAACGUAAUGGCAACACACAAAAUACACUGAUUUCCGUGGUCACAAUUUUCGUGUAUGGCAACACGAUCUCCUUCAACCGGCUUCAGAACGGGCUUGUAAAGAUUAAUUCUUCACUCUGGAACUUUCCAGUCUCUUUGAACAACGGUCAUGUAAAACUCACAGCAAACAGCCUCUCAGUUACCAUGCAGACAGAUUUUGGCCUGUCAGUUCAGUAUGACUGGGAUCUAUAUCUAGUAGUGACAGUGCCGGGGAGCUUUAAGGGAAAGAUGUGCGGUAUGUGUGGGAACUUCAAUGGGAACAAAGAGGAUGACCUGACUACUCCCAGUGGCAAUGUAGCAAGCAGUAUUCCAGAAUUGGGAAAGAGCUGGAGAGUACCAGGCUUCCCAGGAGAAGCUUUCUGUGAGGAUGAGUGUCCAGGGCAGUGUCAGAGUUGUGAGGGUGUUUCAUGGUUCACACGCAUGAAUGCAAAGCUUAGCUGUAGCGUUGUCACAUUUCUCACAAAAGGUUCUUUGAAAAACUGCAAGAGUGUCAUUGACCCCAACGUCUUCUAUGACAAUUGUCUAUACGAUUACUGCACUGGCAAAGAUGUCAGCAAUUUCUUAUGUCAAACUGCUGAGAUAUACACAGAUGCCUGCAGACAAGCUGGUGUACAUGUUUAUAACUGGAGAGGCCUCCUGAAGUGCCCUAACCCUAAAUGCCCAGCAAACAGUCACUUUGAGUCCUGUGCCUGUCCUGCUACCUGUGAGAAUCCCACUCCUUCUGCUGAAUGUAAAGCAAACUGUGUAGAGGCUUGCACUUGUGAUGAUGGAUACUUGUGGAGUGGAAGCAAGUGUGUCCCUAAGAAUCAGUGUGGCUGCACGUUCAAAAGUGGAGGUGAUCAGCGUUACUUACAAGCUGGAGAAUCCAUCUGGGCUGAUGACAACUGCAGCAAAAAAUGCACCUGUAACCCGACAAACAGUGAAGUUGUAUGUGAAAACACAAGUUGUCCUAUUGGAACUGCAUGCGCUGUUGUUAAUGGAACCAGAGGCUGCCACGAAGUACCAAAUGCCUCUUGUAAUAUCUAUGGAGAUCCUCACUACAACACAUUUGACAACAGCACCUACGACUUCCAGGGCACUUGUACUUACACUGCUGCUCAGGGCUGCCACCUGGAGGGAACACAACUCACUCCGUUUGCAGUUAUAGUAGAGAAUGAGAAAUGGAAUGAAAUCCAAUCAAGUCCAAAUGUCUCUAUGGCCAAGGUGGUCGCAGUGGAGGUGUAUGGCAUGACUAUAGUUCUGCGAAGAAAUCAGCUCCAUCAAGUCAUGAUUAAUGAUGUCUUAACCAACAUCCCUAUAAAUCUCAAUGAAGGAGAAGUGAUAGUCCAGCAGGAGGGCUAUCAUAAUGUAAUUCUUACAAACUUUGGUCUAAGGGUGGCCUAUGAUAUGAUUUAUCAAGUUAUCAUCACAGUCCCUGGCACAUAUGCAGGAAAGACCUGUGGCAUGUGUGGAAACUAUAAUGGUAAUAAGAAUGAUGACUUCCUGCUGCCAGAUGGGAAAGAAACCAAAGAACUGAAAACAUUUGGAGCGGCUUGGAAAGUGGCUGUGCCUGGUGUUGUGUGUGAUGAUGGCUGCAGUGGUGAUUUCUGUCCAAAGUGUCCUCAAAAUGAGAAACUUGUAUUUGAAAAGGACUGUAGUAUUAUUACCAACCCUGACGGUCCAUUUGCUGCCUGUCACAGUGUAAUUAACCCUGAUUCCUACUUCCAAGAUUGUGUUUAUGACGUCUGCAUGAGUGAGGGAGAUCAACAUAUGCUGUGCCACAGUGUAGCUGCAUACAUGACUGACUGUCAAACCUUUGGAGUCACGGUUAAAAAUUGGAGAACGUCAACAUUCUGUCCGUUAUCAUGUCCUGCCAACAGUGUCUACGAAAUCUGUGCAAAAGCAUGUGAUGCACCUUGUCCUGGCCUUACUGGUUUAAUGAAGUGUAAUAUUCAGACCUGUGCUGAAGGCUGCAUGUGUAAACCUGGAUUCUUUAACAAUGGGACUGGCUGCGUGACAGCAGACCAGUGUGGCUGCUAUGAGAAUGGACUAACCUAUAAGAUUAAUGAGACCAUCAUCACAGAUAACUGUCUAGAACGCUUGACCUGUCUUCCAUCUGGCGAAUUAAAACACGAAAGCAUCAGUUGUGACACUAGUGAGGUCUGCAAAAUUAAGAAUGGCGUUCGUGGAUGCUACCCAAGGCAGUGCCUGUUGGAGGCUAGCGGCUCCUUUAGCCUUUUCAGUGGAGAAUCUUGGACCAUCACGUCUGUAGGAGCCUACGAGUUAGUGAAAGUGUGCAAAGGUUCUCUUGAAGCAGAAUGGUUCCGGGUGGUGGUUGAGUUGGGACCUUAUGGAAGUCAAAACAGUGUUGCGGCUGUGUACGUCUACUUUGAAGAGAUCUUCAUUGCUGUCAACAACAAGCAGUCCACUUGGAUCAAUGGAAAGCUUGUCACUCUGCCACAGCAACUGAAGAAUGAAGUGAUCAUUCAGUUGACUGAGGAUACACUCACUAUUGAAAAGAAAGCUAGUUUUCAAGUGUCUUUCAGUCUUUCACUUGGGCUUGUAGUGAGUGUGAGUGAUGAAAUGGCGCAAACAGUGUGUGGUGCCUGUGGAAGUGACAACAAAGUAUUCGAUGUCCAGGGUCAAGGCUUUCAGGAAUUCUUGGCUUUAUGGAGAGCACCUGACUUUCCAAGUGCCCUUUGUUAAAUAUGCUCUUUGAUAUGAUGACAAGGUCAUGAGUCACUUGGCAUUGCUUUGAUUUAACAUUGGAUUUAAGGAAUAAAAGAUGGCAGCAUCUAACUAUAAGGUCCUGUUUACACCUGUUAUAAAUGUGUUUUGAGUGAUUGAAUCACAAGUGGUCAGCUGAGAUGGAUAGCUGUUCACACAAGGCCUUUUUUGUGUGUUUCAAAUGCGGUUUCACUGACCACUUACGAUCAUAUUUCAUGACUAAUGAGGGUUGAAAUGACAUCACUACAAAAACAGCCCCCAACAGCCUAAUAUAAAAACUCAAACAAAUAUUAAUCCACUGGAUGUUAAUUUCCUGAUUAAAUAGGACUGCAUGGCUUUGUGUAGCCGUAAUGUACUUUACAGCAAACACAAAGAUUUAAAUUAACAUGUUUAAUGCUUGUUUUUGUUCAUUAUUGAUUAUUACAUUAAGCUGUAGGUCUAGCACAUUUUGUGUAAUCUGUAGCUAGAGCCCUUUUUUACAGACUACUUAGAGAUAAUUGUCUUUGUAUAGCCCAUCUAUACAUUUGUGUUUCUAAAACAUGCCCAACAGACAGGAGUUUCAAUCUCAUAUCUAGGUAAUUAUUUGUUGCCAUUAUCCUGGCCAUCUGUGCCCAAAAAGCUUUAAUAGUUUCCAUUAGCAACAAUAUUUAAUGAACAUCAUGACAAUGUAUUAAAACAUUUACCUAAUAAUUUUUUGCCUGCAUUUUUGCCUCACAAAGAAUUAUGAGAAUGAGUAUACACAGAGAUGAAUGCAUUCACAGAGUAACAAGCAAAGCUAAUACAGAAAUAGUAUGAAGUAGCCUGUGUGUGAGAGGAGGCUUCACGUCUCUGACCACCUCCAGAUCUGAUCACAGUGCAUCCUGGGUGUGUGAAGUGAAAUCUGAAUAUGAUCUGAUCACCUCAAAACCACAUGUUGAUACAUAGUGUAGACAGGGCCUUAGCCAUUAAGCUUCAUUCAGAUUAUUUCAUUAAAAUUGAAUGCUUUAAAGAUAAUAAUGCAAUCUUUAAAUAUUUAGAGACUUGAAACAAAUAUUAAUAUUUUUGCUUCAAUUAAGAUGCAAAUCCAUAUUUGUUCCAUUUGUUGAAAGAUCGCUUUACUCAUUGGUUACUUGAUUUACUUAUUUUAAUGACACCAUCAUUUCAUGGCAAUUCCAAAUAAAGCUUUUACCAUCACCUUCA